AUGGCCUUGCACAUGCCUGAGCCUGCGCAUCUACCUCGACCACCCUAUCAGCCUCUGCAGCCAGCCUCUGACCUUCCUAGCCUUCCAGCUGUUGUCGCUCACUGUAAGCGUCUAGUCGCUAGGGAUAUUGCGAUACCAGCUAGCCUGGUGCAGCUUGCCUGGUAG